GCCUUGCUCUACAAUAGCACUAUGAUAGGUUCACCAGAUGUGGUGGCUUUCACAAAAGAGGAUGAUGAUUGUGAGACUACUGCUGACCCGUGGGCAAUUCCAGAGGAGUUCUCCAUUCCCCUCCAUCCUCCAGCUGACUCCAACCCCUGGGCCAAAACCUCCUACGCUAAGUUCACCAAAGACUUCAUCCUCAUUUCGGAGUUCUCUGAGCAAGUGGGUCCUCAGCCCCUUCUCACCAUUCCCGAUGACCCCAAAGUCUGUGGCACCUUUGAUCUCAAUUACUUCUCCCUGCGCAUCAUGUCAGUGGACUACCAGGCCUCCUUCGUGGGCCAUCCACCGGGCAGCGGAUAUCCUCGACUCAGUUUUGUGGAGGACUCAAGGGUCGUACUGGGUGACUCUAAAGAGGGCGCUUUUGCCUACGUCCAUCACCUAACGCUGUACGACCUGGAGGCGAGGGGCUUUGUGCGGCCCUUCUGCAUGGCGUAUGUUUCAGCAGAUGAGAGGAAGAUCAUGUUACAGUUUCAGGAGCUCUCAGUUCGCUUCUCAAAAGCCUCCGAGUGCUUAAAGGCUGGCAACCGCAGAGCCUUCGCCAAAGAACUUCAGAGGAAGCUUCGAGACUUAGAGUACACUUACUCUGUUCUGCAGAGGGAGGAAGGCCUGCAGCGAGAGGCAGGAACACAGAGCAUGUACUCUGCUCAUGCUGUGGAAAAGGCCAAUGAACUCGCCAGUGUGGAAAAGAGCAUAUACGAACAUAGAGACCUCCUUAAACAGAUCAGCUCAUACCCCCAUCGUCCUCGCAGGGACCCUCAAGCUGUUGCGUGUCAGAAGUGUAUGAGCGAGUGUGAAGAGCUCUUCGGUAAGUAUGCCAGGCUAGCCAACCCCUUGAAUUGCAACGACGGAAGGGCGAAGGAAGGAGACGAUGUUCAGGGACAGAACGGUAAUGGAGGUGAAGUGGAAAUGGGUGAAGACGAAUGUGUUAAACGUAGGCCGUCCUAUACGCCGCAGCUAAUUAAAGCUAAGUCUGCAAAAUGUUUCGACAAGCGCCUCAAAACCCUCCAAGAGCUGUGCGAUAACGCCUUCUACGAUGCCACUGUGGAGCUUCUGAAGGAGACUGAAAGGAGUUUCCGAGGUGACCUAUGCUAUCUGCAUACCCGUCGCUUGGACCUAGCACUGCGGAGAAAGCAGAGAAUUAUUAACUUUCUAUUUGAGGAGGAACUCUGUGAAGAUGACUAUGAUGAUCUUGACGGCAGGGCAACAUUAAGAACAUUUUGCGCUAUGAACCAUGCUGUAGACAACUCCACACUCAUAAGUCCAGUACCUAUUGUAGUCGGACCAGAACCUUCAAAGCCUUACGACCCUCCCUGUGACACUAGCCAUGUUCAAGACCUCACGCGGGGAGACGGGAAUUUUAAUUCCUCGUGUUUUGACCAGGAUAUGGAUACCCAGAAGAGCUCUGAGAAAUCUAAUGGAAACUGUAGCAAUCAAACAAGUCUGAAGCCAGAGGUUCUAGAUCUUGAGUCUGACUCGACCCCAGAUUGCGAAUAUAAAACUGAUCUGGAUGCUAAGAGCAACAGUGAAUGGGUGGAGGCUGCUACUGAUGGAGAAAGGGAACCCAGUGCUUUGUUAGAAGAAACUACCAGGGAGGAGGAAUGCGAAGACUCAAAGUUAGUUCCGAUGGAUGCCACAUGCUGUAUGACUCAUGAAGGAUUUAUUGAUAAUCCGCCUGAUGUGGCGCCUAAUUUCACUGUUCACAUCCGAGAUACUCAAAUCCCGGUUGUCAACCAGGAGCCCCAAGCCCUACUUCCGCUCCAGGAUGACUAUGCCGUGGGAUCCCCGAGCUCAGAGAACCACACAGCUGGACUCCUUGGAGAUGGUGUGUCUCGUGCCUCAGUCGAGGACGGGUCUGAUUGUACCAUGAGUACAUCUACUGGUUCUGAUUGGACAACCUCCCCUCUGGGCAACGGGGGGAUGCUGACCCUGCGUCAGAAGAAGAAGGCGGGACAGGGGGCCUUGCGGUUCGUGCGACAGUACCCCUUUGCUAUACAGGCUUUGUGGUGUUUGCUGAGCGGCAGGACACUUGUAGUGCUUGGGGCUGAUGAGGUGAGAGUUCGUCGGCUGGUUUCUGCUCUGGCCCUAUUUGUACCUGCGCCGGGGAAAUGUGGAGAACGGGUGCAAGCUUGGCUCUGCUGUCCUUUCACCCUUACUGACCUGCACAGGUGGAAACUUAUUGGAUUGCAAAGAGUGGCCUCCCCUGUGGGUUCAAGCAUGCUGUACUCACUGUCCCGCUACAGCCGCUACAUCUCCAUCUUGGAUGCCGACCAAAAGACGUUGCGCUGUCCACCUUAUUGCGGGGAACUGCUGGCCAACAUGGCUGACCACCGGACCUAUGUUCGCCGAGGUUCCACCUACUUCCUUCAUGUGCAGAGCAUACUUUGUCGUCUAGCGGCCAAGGCCUUUCUGUUCACCUUCACCCACCACCUCCACCUGCCAGUGAACACCACAGAGGGUCAAGAUGGCGUGGAGACCCGCCGCAACUACUUCCUUCAGGAGAGGCUGGGAGAUGACGACAGCCAGAUAGUGGUCUACCUCAGCCAGCUGAUCACUCAGCACUACCUGCACGCUGCUGACGAGCGCAAUGCAGCAGCGCCUUCUUUUAAUUUUAACUACACCACCAGCGUUUUAUACAAAAUCUGA